UGGGAGUCCCUCAGAAGCCGCUCUCGUCUUUCUCCAUCACUUUCCUCUCCAAGGCGGCUGCGAGCGCCGUGCUCUUCCCCGUGCGGCAUGCCCGGUUCCCCAGCGCCCCACUCCCACCGCCUCAUUCCCUCCUCGGGCCUGGAGAAGGGCAAGGCUGCCAACCCUUCCGUUCCCAGGGACUCCCGCUGAAGCCGGCUGGGCUCCUGCAGGAGACGCCCCAGAGUCGGAGGAUCGCGGGCCUUGGGUAGCAAAAGGAGGAUUUCCCACAUCUCCCAUCUUUUCCCCCAACACAAGCGGUCUGAAAGAACUCGGUCUUCGGCGUCGGCAUCUGUGGGCGACCUCUAGGAUCGGGCAGCAGUGGAUCUCUGGCGGGCCCGGAGUGCUGUCUGCUAGCUGCCUGUCCUGCUUUCUCACAGGAGGCGAACCCUGGUGCCCGAGAUGGCAGCUGCCCUGCUCAUGGCUGGGUCCCAGGCACCUGUGACAUUUGAAGAUAUGGCCAUGUACCUCACCAGGGAGGAAUGGAGACCCCUGGACUCUACCCAGCGAGACCUUUACAGGGAUGUCAUGCAGGAGAGUUAUGGAAAUGUUGUCUCCUUGGAUUUUGAAAUUAGGAGUGAGAACGAGGUAAAUCCAAAGCAAGAGAUGAAUGAAGAUGUAGAAUUUGGGACAACAUCUGAAAGGCCUGUUGGAAAUGCUGAGGAAAAUGCUGAAAGUGAAGAGGUCUUUGAAAAUGGGGAUAGGUCAGAAAGACAGUGGGGAGAUCUCACAGCAGAAGAAUGGGUAAGCUAUCCUCUCCAACAGGUCACCGACUUGCUGGCCCACAAAGAAGUCCACACAGGGAUCCAAUAUCACAUAUGUUCUCACUGUGGAAAGGCCUUCAGUCAGAUCUCAGACCUGAAUCGACAUCAGAAAACUCACACUGGAGACAGACCCUAUAAAUGUUACGAAUGUGGGAAGGGCUUCAGCCGUAGUUCACACCUUAUUCAGCAUCAAAGAACCCACACUGGGGAGAGGCCCUAUGACUGCAAUGAGUGUGGGAAAAGUUUUGGAAGAAGCUCUCACCUCAUUCAGCAUCAAACAAUCCACACUGGGGAGAAGCCUCACAAAUGUAAUGAGUGUGGGAAAAGUUUCUGCCGCCUCUCGCACCUAAUCCAGCACCAAAGGACCCACAGUGGGGAGAAGCCCUACGAGUGCGAUGAGUGUGGAAAAAGCUUCAGCCGGAGCUCGCACCUGGCUCAGCACCAGAGGACGCACACGGGUGAGAAACCUUAUGAGUGUAAUGAAUGUGGGCGGGGCUUCAGCGAGCGAUCUGAUCUCAUCAAACACUACCGCGUCCACACGGGGGAGAGACCCUACAAGUGUGAUGAGUGUGGGAAGAAUUUCAGCCAGAACUCUGAUCUGGUCCGCCACCGCAGAGCCCACACAGGAGAAAAGCCGUACCACUGCAACGAGUGCGGGGAGAACUUCAGCCGCAUAUCUCACCUGGUGCAGCACCAGCGAACCCACACGGGGGAGAAGCCCUAUGAGUGCAACGCCUGUGGGAAAAGCUUCAGCCGGAGCUCGCAUCUCAUCACCCACCAGAAAAUCCACACGGGAGAGAAGCCCUACGAGUGUAACGAGUGUUGGCGAAGUUUUGGUGAGCGGUCUGAUCUAAUUAAACACCAGAGAACACAUACGGGGGAGAAGCCCUACGAGUGUGUGCAGUGUGGAAAAGGUUUCACCCAGAGCUCCAACCUCAUCACACACCAGCGAGUUCACACGGGAGAGAAGCCCUAUGAAUGUACAGAGUGCGAGAAGAGUUUCAGCCGGAGCUCAGCUCUUAUUAAACACAAGCGAGUUCAUACCGAUUGAGUUCCGUAAUUGUGACUGCAAAUGGAUUUCCUCAGAAGGUACAGUUUGAUGUUAAACAGGAGCCCCUUCAAGGCUUCCUCAAUGACUUUAGUGACUUUCUUAGUUGAAGCCACUGUUUAAAACACCAAAUGAGAUGUGCUUUUCGGAUUUGGGACCAUUAUCUCCUCCAGAAUAAUAAUUUGUAUUCACUCCAUGGAUUACCCCCUUCAAGGUCAGCCCCCACAACUAACUGGAAACCUGAAGACCACAGGACAAAUACUGCUGAACGCUCGGGGUAGAAAUGGAAUAAAUCUUUCAGUUAUUCUGUUCAUUCUGGGCCCAAAGAACUCCAUCCACAGAAGUGUGGGAUUGCAGUAGAGUGGUCAUGGCCACUUUGGGAAAAGGCAGCCAGAGGCUGGGCCUCAGCUGCCACACCUGUUCACACACACCAUAGUAGCUGGGCACAUGCAUCUUCCCACCCAAAGGGCUUUUUUCUUGAGUCAUUCACACAUUGCUAUUUCUCCAUCUUCCUGAGAGCAGAAUUCUGCACGAUGAAGGCAGUGAUUGUUAACUUUCUUCCUUCUCAUUGUUUGUAAUUAGCUUGUUUAAAGCUUGCAUCUUUGUGAAAGAUAACUGAAGAUACUGUGUGAGAGAAAAAAUGAGACAUAGGUUUGGGGACCAAGGACCCAUCAAUGUGGUAACUUUAGCAUUUAUCAAAUAUAUACAUGUUCUUUGGAAAACACUUCAGGGUACAUUGUGAGGGGAAGAUCUUUUCAAGGAAAAAUAGAACCAUAAGUUGUGGUGGUGUGUGAGGGGCAAGUGGGAUUGACCACUUCAGGGAAGGAAGUGCAGAGUGCUUUCCCAGGGACCAUUGGUCAUUUCUAUGUCCUUUCCCCCACUAGUCUUUAGGUUCUGUUCUCCUUAUAUUGCUAACUCUGAUUUGGUAAGGGCCACAUCCCAGUGUUUAUCUUAGCUUGCAUAAGGGCAUGUGUACUUAACAGUGAAAUGUGUAUUCCUGUGGGUUUUUUUUUUCUGAUAGCAGAAACUGAAUUUGCACAGAAUUAGCAUGCUCUUGGGUGAUGUGGAUCAUGUGACAGAACUGCAGACAUAACUCUAAUGUGAGAAAUGUCCUGGUGUUCAUUCUUCUGAAAAAAACAAAUUUAACACUAAUACUCAAGUGUGCACUGUCCUGUAAGGUUUGUCUUUGUAUAGAACUAAGCCUUUGUUUGUAUGCGUCCUUCAAUUAUGGAGAUAAUGACUGGGCAGAUAGGUUGGAUGUCCUGUUCCCAGACUGAAUUAUGUUCCAGGGUUUUGAAGAACUCUGGCUUGUCAGAAGAAUUAAUAAACCUAGAUAAGAGUGUAUUUCUAAACUCCCAAACUACAGCUGUAAAUGAUUAAAGUGGGAGCCAACCUGAUUUAAGCCCAGUAGUGUCUGUUCUCUUUAUCUCAGCUGGAGUAGGAAGUAAAAAAUAUUGUACAUGUUGACGCUUAUUCAGCCUUGUAGUGGUGGGAGUAAACUGGUAUCUAGGAGAC